AUGUCUCAAAUAUGUGACUCUACAGGCGGCCACUUUGUCAACGAUAUUAGCAUCAAGUAUAGAACCGACGCAGCGUAUCAGGAAUUAGUAGGGGUGUAUCGUCAUAACUAUAUCAUUGGCGUGUACUUGGUUCUCAAACCAGAAACUGUUGAGGGUGGCUGUUUAGUAGUUUAUCAAUGCCUUCGUGAACCAAAAGAAUCUACAUCAAAACCAAUUGUGGAUGGCACUCCAACGGAAACAUUGCGCACCAAAGCAACAUGGCUUGAGGCGUCAAUAGUCACAUUUCACCAUCGAUCAAUUAACCGAAACGGGGAGUAUAUGCCAAUUCCAUCCAAGGUACCUAAUGACACGAACAAGAAUUGUGGACAAUACGCGGUGGUGAAGGAGGGUGAAGACUGCUCCAACCUUCUGGCUGCUUCGGCUAUUACUAUGGACGACUUUCACAAUGGUACUGAUCCACUUGACCAUUUCCCGUCUACAGAUGACAUUGUUCCCAUUGCCAACGGGACACAGCUGGAUUGCAUUGAAUACUACUGGACUGAGAAUACUACCGAUAAUCUUGCUGCCGAUUGUUGGGCACUGACGGCAAUCUACGGCAUUGAACCCGAGGAGUUUAUUCUGUGGAAUCCGUCACUGACUGAUGCUGAUAAAACUGAGGAGGACUUUGACGCAGAUGCACCGUCAGCCACAGGCACCAUGACAUACAGGAAUGACUCGUCGAGCGUCUCGUACUGCGUCGGUCUUUUGUCAGCAACUACUCGUAGGUCCACAGCUGGUAUACCUCAUAUGGUAUCACGCCUCGCUAACAAGUCUGAAGCCGCUGCGGCAGAAAAGGAAAUCGAGACGCCGACCCCUCGCGCUGCGGGAGAGAUAGCGAACUGUACAAUGUGGUUCUGCGUUAGACGUGCAGCCAGGUGCAAUGACGUGAUGGCAACCAAUGGUUUGGAAUUCGGAGAGUUUUACAAAAUGAAUCCAAGCGUCAAGUCGGACUGCACAGGCUUGGUCCUUGGAACCUAUUAUCGUCGGUCAACAUAUCCACGCGGUGACAGCGUGGGAAUACCGGGAUGGGACUCUACGACUGAGUCAGAGUCAGAGUCAGCAACUGCAUCUGCAUCAGCGACCAAGACAUCUACAUCUACAAGCAGCACAAAUUCGGGCAUACCCUCUCCCUUGCAGACUGGUAUACUCAAAACGUGCAACGACUACCACAAAGUGAUCAAGGGAGAUACUUGCUAUGAUAUUGCCCAGGGGGCCAAGAUAGAGCUUGAAACAUUCUACAAAUGGAAUCCGGCUGUCAAGUCGGAUUGCUCAGACCUUGAACUGGACACCCAUGAACGAUUCCUCAAUAAAAUUGAAGAUUGUUGGCUAGUCCUAACUGAUUAG